AUGCUUGUAUACAGAUUUUUAUUUUUCUUAAGCAUAAUUGCUAGUGUGAGGUACUAUUAUUGUGACGCUAAAGUUUGUGUAAAUGAUAUUUCAAGUCAGUUGUUAAAAAAUAUUUCGUUUAAAAAUAGUGUAAGAAAUGAUGGCAAGACCAAAGGGCAAAAUACAUGCUAUAAUUUUAGCAAGGAGAAGAAAAACAUAUUGAAAAAAAAAAUUAAAAAAAAAUAUUCAUUGAAUAAUUCUAAAGGAUAUAUACAAAAAAAAAAAAAGUAUAAUUUAUAUUUUUUAAAUUCAUCCAAAUUUACUGAUAUAAAAGAAAAUGUUAAAGCAUGGUUUAAUUUGGACUAUAUAGAAAAUCAUUAUGCUUACUCUUAUAUAAAAUCUUUUGCUCGAAUACCCCCUAUUACAAAAAUAUAUUUGAUAAACACCUUUAUAUUAAGUGUUUUAAUUCAUUUUAAUAAAAAUGUUUAUAAAUAUAUUUUAUAUGAUUUUGAUAAAAUAUUUAAAAACGGGGAAAUAUGGAGAUUAGUAACACCCUAUUUUUAUAUAGGAAAUUUAUAUUUACAAUAUAUUUUAAUGUUUAAUUAUUUAAAUAUAUAUAUGUCAUCAGUUGAAAUAGCACAUUAUAAAAACCCAGAAGAUUUUUUAAUUUUUCUUACAUAUGGUUAUAUAUCAAAUACCUUUUUUACUAUAAUUGCCAGUAUGUACAAUGAAAAUAUUAUGGACUUGAAAAAGUAUAUACACAAGAUAAGAAGUUUAAUUAUUUCUAUACCUUCUACUAAUAAUAUAGACGAUAACAAAUUUGUAGAAAAAGAAACAUAUAAUCAUUUAGGUUAUGUUUUUUCAACAUAUAUAUUAUAUUAUUGGAGCCGAAUAAAUGAAGGUUCUUUAAUUAAUUGUUUUGAUUUAUUUUUCAUUAAAGCAGAAUAUAUCCCUUUUUUUUUUGUUAUACAAAAUAUUUUAUUAUAUAACGAGUUCUCCUUUUUUGAGGUUGCUUCCAUAUUAUCAAGUUAUACUUUUUUUACAUAUGAAAAAUAUUUAAAAUCUAAUUUUUUAAGGGCUUUAUUCAGAGGCUUCCUCAAAUUUAUUCGAGUCUAUCCUAUGUACAAUAUGUACAAAGAGGAGUAUGAGUAA